CCACAAGCUUUUAACUGUAAUGUGUUACUGCUGUAUGGCUUACCAAGGCUCUUAUUUACUCUUCCACCACUUUUUAUUAGUAUCUAUUCUAAUAACCACCCUUUCUGUAUAGGAGCAACCCUAUAGGGCUAGUGUAUCUGUGUAACUGAUAACUGUCUUAACAACUGCAAAGUUCUUGUUCUCCUAUAUCCAUGAUGGUGUCUUAGAGAUGAGUUGUGUCACAUGGUGAUAGUCAUGCACUAUAUACCUGGAGCUGCUGCUUCUAUUUCCUCUACAGCUUGUCACAUGACUCAAUGUUGCAGGAAAAAAAAGUCAAAAGGUGGAGCUCAGAAGCUGUAGUAAAAUAACGCAAAUCUGUCACUCCUUUCAAAAUGUUGGCUGGGUUCCAGUGCUGCCUGUAGAGCCUUUCCUAAGGCGGGUGUUUCACGGGCUGAGUAUUCACUCGUGGUGUGACGGCGCAGCGAGGCUGGUGCCGACGGGGGGGCAGUGCUCCUGCAAAGAGCGCUGGGUGGCUGGACUCUGACUCGGAGCCAUAUUGUCCCAUCCCCGUGCGGCCAGGGAAGGGGAGAUAGCAGAGGGCUGAUCCCAGCACCCCCAGCCGUGCUUCGGCGCCAGGGGGAACGGGCCUGGCCUGAGCCACGCGGUGUCUCCAGCGUAGGGGCCGCUCCCCUUAUGUAAGCGGGGCAGGGCGGCGUUUAGCUGUAGGCGGGGGCGGCUCGUCUGAGCGGGAAACUUCCGGCGUGUCCCCGGCUGCAUCGCGGCAGAGGCGGGAUUAAACCGGGCUGCAGCGGCCGCAGCUCUCCCCGGCUUGCGGUGCAGCCGCACCGACUCUCGGCGGACUCCGGGCAGCGCCCUCCCGCGGCGGCGGCGGCAUGUCCGGCGGCGGGCGGCUCGCGGGCCGGGUGUGCCUGGUGACCGGCGCCUCGCGGGGCCUCGGGAAGGGCAUCGCGCUGCAGCUGUCGGAGGCGGGCGCCACCGUGUACAUCACGGCCCGGCAGCGGGAGCCGCUGCUCCGGGCGGCGGAGGAGGUGUCGGCCCGGGGCGGGCGCUGCGUGCCCGUGGUGUGCGACUCGUCGCAGGAGGAGGAGGUGGCGGCGCUGUUCGAGCGGCUGCAGCAGGCGGAGGGCGGGCGGCUGGACGUGCUGGUGGCCAACGCCUUCUCCGGGGUGGAUGCCAUCGCCGCCCAGCAGGGACUGCCCUUCUGGGAGAGCCCGGCCGCCUUCUGGGACCAGAUCAACAAUGCGGGUCUGCGGGGCCACUACCUCUGCGCCCACUAUGCCGCCCGCCUCAUGGUGCCGGCCGGGCACGGCCUCAUCGUCAUCGUCUCCUCGCCCGGCGGCCUGCGCUACAUGUUCAACGUGCCCUAUGGCGUGGGCAAGGCCGCCUGCGACCGCCUGGCUGCCGACUGUGCCAUCGAGCUGCGCCCCUACAGCGUGGCCUGCGUGACACUGUGGCCUGGCCUCGUCCGCACUGAGACAGUGCUGAAGGAGGCCGAGGGUUCAGGCCCGUGGGCCGUGCCGCUGCAGAAGAUGAUUGGCAAUUCUGAGAGCCCUGAAGCGAGCGGCAAGUGCGUGGUGGGCCUGGCGUCCGAUCCUGCCAUCAUGUGCCACAGCGGCAAGGUGCUGCUCACCCCAGACCUCGCCCGCCGCUACCGCUUCCGUGAUGUGGAUGGGAGACCCGUCUACAACUACGUAUCCGUGCGCAAUAUUCUCGUGAUGCUGAUGCCACGGCUGACCUGCCUCUUCCGCCUCAUCCCAGAGUGCGUCAGCAUACCCAAAUGGGCUCUUUCACUUUACUCCAGCAAAUUCAGUGUCUACCCACCCCUGCAACCAGCCCCCAAACCUCGAAAAAAUGUUUGAUAAAUUAAUAAUAAAAAAUGUGCCCAUGAUGUUUUUUAAUUUUCUGUUUCUUCGUUGCUUUCUGAAAAUGUGUCUUGGGGUUGAAACUUUCCCCUCUGGUGCCCAGCGAGUCUUCAAAAAUCCUCAAAGCUGGCUUUCCUCAGAGCUUAUUCCUUUUUGGGUGAGGAACACUCCCUGAUUUGGAUAUUCAUUUUAAGGUGGUGUUUAUAAUCUCUCCCUCUGGGGAUGAAGGGUUUGGCUGAGUGUUUCAGUGAGCCUUUGAAAUCGUCCUUGAAGUUUUGCAAUAAUUCCUGCCUUCGUUUGCUCCCCAUGGCCAAAGAGCAGCUAUUCAUGCUAGUUCCCCAUAAUGUAAAGACUAUAGAACCUUUAUUUAGUGUACAACCGCUUAUCCAUUUCCUGGAAAAUUUUAAAUUCAGAUUUAAUCGUGUAUAGGAGUUUCUCAUUAGAAUGCUUCGGAUACCCAUAGAUUUUGGAACAAAUUUAUCAGCUGUAGCCCACAUGGUUCCAGGACAUCUUGGUUUAGCAGAGGAGUUCUUACAGUACAUAAUAAAACUGGGAUUAUGUCCUGGUUUCAGUAUAAUUGGCUGAUUGACCUUUUUACUGCCCCACAGUCCCAAUAUUAGACCCUGAUGCAUCUUCCAGGUGUAGGCAGUUAUGAUAAAAGGAAAUGUCAUUUACAAACAUAGUAAAAUUAGAUGAGAAUUUCUGGGAAAAGCACUUUACUGUAAAAUUUAUUCUGGUGAUGCUACGACCUGAUGUCUGAGUUUGAGAUUGCAGUUUUACUCAGAAAAGUGACUGGAAAACAUAGUAUUGUGGGAGUUUUAUUUGUGUCUCAAUUUUUUUUAUUCAAAUACUCAGUUUACAGAUAAAGUUCUGCUUUAUGUUUUAAUAACUGCUACCACUGUAAACUCAGUCUGAGAAUUAAGCGCUAAACUGUAUUUAUUAGCUUUC